CUGCAUACCCAUCAUUCGAAGCGAAGAGAGGAGCAUCAUCUUCAUCAGUCUCAUCCUGCCCUCCUUUACCACCACGCUGCUACGAGCCAGUCGAGACAGUUUUUCCCCCUCUGCAAUAAUCAACCCUUGGAAAUAAUACUAAUAAUAAAUAAGCGCCAUCAUGUCAGCCGGCGGAGAUUUGGGGAACCCCCUGCGGAAAUUUAAACUCGUCUUUUUGGGAGAGCAGAGCGUGGGAAAAACAUCUCUCAUCACCAGAUUCAUGUAUGACAGUUUUGACAACACAUACCAGGCCACCAUCGGGAUUGACUUUCUUUCAAAGACCAUGUACCUGGAGGACCGAACAGUGAGGCUGCAGCUGUGGGACACAGCUGGACAGGAGCGUUUCCGGAGCCUGAUCCCGAGCUACAUACGGGAUUCCACAGUGGCCGUGGUGGUCUACGAUAUCACAAAUGUCAACUCGUUCCAGCAGACCUGCAAGUGGAUCGAUGACGUCAGGACCGAGAGAGGAAGUGACGUCAUCAUCAUGUUGGUGGGCAACAAGACGGAUCUGGAAGAGAAGAGGCAAAUCACCAUUGAGGAGGGAGAGCAGAGAGCCAAAGAGCUGAACGUCAUGUUCAUUGAGACCAGCGCUAAGACGGGCUGCAAUGUCAAACAGCUGUUUCGUCGUGUUGCAGCAGCUCUUCCCGGGAUGGAGAGCCUUGACGAUGCCAAUCAUGAAGGCAUGAUUGACAUUAAGCUGGACAAACCGGCGGAGCCGAGCGUCCCCGAGGCCGGGUGCUCAUGUUAAUGCCGAGCUGUGAUUGGCCACAGCUCCCUUCACGCCAUUGGCUUGUUGUGUUGCUUAAACAACUUCCUGGUUAGCCUACAGUUGACUCUAACUCCAAUUGGAUGUACUCUAGGAUGUAUCUGAUUGGACACAUCAAACUUUCUCUCGCAAUCAGUUGUUCAGUUGUAAAAUAUUGUAUACUUUGUCAAUAUGUAAGUGACCAGAGGACGAAAAAGAGAAAAUGAAAAGGAACACGAAAAUGUUUUUGGAGGGGGGAAAAAUAACUGCAAAGGAGACCAGUUUCUUUUCGCUGUUAUGUUUUGUAUUUUUUAUAUAUAAACAGGGAACACACCAAAAUUGAUGCCUAAGCAUCAAAGGAGAGUUUUAGGCGAGAGGCUAGUUAGUGGGGUGUUGGUUGGCCAUUUUCCACCCUUAAAAUGGCGGAACACGUCUGAAUGUCUGCAGCACGCAUGCAUGCUGAUCCGAUUUAUUAUUGUUUUGUUUUUUUAACUGGCCUGACUGCUCUCAGAAUGUUUUCUAGCAUCUCUCUGUCUUUCUCUCUAUAGCAUCGUCACAUCUCACACAACUUCCUGUAGGUUCACAUAACGGUAGCUGUGAAAAACGUGGCACUCUAUCUCUCGUUGGGUUCAACUUUUAUAGAAAUUGUACUGUGCAUUAAAAAAUAUGAAUGAUAUGAAUAAUAAUAAUGUACAAAGAAAACAACCGCCUCUCCUACCCUGCGCUCCCCUCUUGAAUCCUAAUCCUUCCCGUCCACAUGUUUAACGAUCCACGGUAAUGCACUGCACUGUAUAUAAUAAUGUAAUAUGUAUGUUGUGAACGUCCUCUCUGUCCAAGUGGUCCUUGUUCACCAGUAUGAAUACUGUGAUAAUGUUUCAUGAUUAAUAAAUGACCAAUUAAAGGGC